AUGAACUAUGAACGCAUGUCAGCCGAGAUUCCCAAUGCCUACCAGAUCUCGAGGGAGACCAAAGAGGCUGAUCUCCUUAAUGGUCUUUUGGGCUGGGUCCGUAACGAUACCUUUGGAAGAGUAGCCGAGGUUUCUGCUCUCUGGGGUGCGAUCGUGCAGGCUAAUAAGCAUCUGGUUAAAGUUGACCGGACACUCAAAGCGCAUAAUAUCGACCAUGAGUACUUGAAUCUCAAGGAGGUCAUGGAUCUGGAGUUAAAGCAAGCCAAGGAGCUGAUGGCUGGUAUUCCUGGUGGCAGACGUGCGACUACGGUCACCAGCGAUGAGGAUUUUUCGCUUGCUAUUAAGCGCUUGAAAUAUCUCCGCGAGUUCAAAUGA